GCUACUUUGUCUUAACAAGUAUCAACGAAACAGUCACGAGAGGCCUUCAUAAAACAUCAUUUGACGAAAUGGACCGAGCGCAUUUGCUUUUGGAUUAUGUUUUGGAAAGACUCCGUUCACGCUUGGAAAAUGCUGUUGGACGCCUACCCCUUGACAUGGACUACCUGGAGUUCAUCUGCUCUCAAGAAUUAGUCUUUUUAAGUGCUGUGACCAAUUUAGUUACCAUCCCACCUGAUAUUUUCGAGGGCAUCACAGAACUGCUCAGACUAGUUCGACUAAACCUGUCAGACGGGGAGACGCGCACUUCGACUAUUCUGCAGGAGUCAGGGUCGAUGGGACGACCACGUCUUAUAAUCUCACCAGACUACAUCACCAAUCUCCUGCACAUGAACUUUUCUGUUCCAACCAUUGCUUGCAUGCUUGGAGUAAGUACACGCACAGUUUUCAGACGAAUGGCUGAAUGUAACCUCUCCAUUCGGGCGCGAUAUAGCACUCUCACGGACGAAGAGUUAGAUGAUUGUGUGACAGAUGUAAAGCAACACAUGCCUCAGUGUGGAUACAGAAUGAUGAGAGCAGCUUUAAAGGCGCGAGGACACCAAGUGCAGUUCGACCGGGUCAGGGCAGCAAUGCACAGAGUAGAUACAGUGGGAGUCAUGUCCCGAAUGGCACAGUUGGGCUGCGUGGUACGAAGGACCUAUUCAGUGUCAGGUCCUAGGUCAAUAAUGCACAUUGACACCAACCAUAAACUGAUUCGCUACAAUAUAGUCAUCUUCGGGGGUGUGGAUGGCUUUUCACGCAAGAUAAUGUACCUUGGAGCUUCAUCUAAUAACCUUGCUAAAACCACCUUGGAUUUUUUUCAAGAAGCAGUGGAGACAUUUGGCUUCCCUCUCAGGGUACGAGGAGAUCAGGGUGUCGAAAAUGUGGACGUGGCUCGCCUGAUGUUCACAGUUCGUGGGACAGAAAGAGGAAGCUUUAUUUCAGGAAAGAGCGUCCACAAUCAGCGUAUAGAGAGGUUGUGGAGAGAUGUCUGGUCAUCAGUGACAAAUGUCUACUACGAUGUUCUGCAUGCUUUGGAAGAAGGUGGCCACCUUAAUAUUUCUGACCUUACUCAUCUGUUCUGUUGCCACUAUGUAUUUCUCCCACGGCUUCAAGAUGAUCUCAACCUAUUCCGAAACACCUGGGACAAUCACCCAAUACGCACAGAGGGUAAUAUGUCUCCUAACCAGCUGUGGGUGAUGGGAAGUGUCCGUAAUGCUGUACCUGAGCCUGACAUAGAGGGAUUAAGCAUACCACAUAUAGACUGGGAGAGUAGUGGACUGAGUGUUGAUGCACAUUCCAGUAUUGUUGUGCCUCAAACCGAAUGUCCCCUGACUGAUGAGCAAAUAGAAGCACUCAGAGAAAAUGUUGACCCCAAAGGACCUUCACAGACUUUUGGCUGGGACAUCUAUCUAGCUGCACUUCAUUUUUGCCAAUCGAUUAUGGAAUAAAUGUGAUUGUCAUCUUUAGCUUUAAAGAGGCAGACUUCUAGCAGAAGCAAUUAAGAAAUAAUUAAUAUUUAUACUCAACAAUACGUUAAAGUAUCUGAAUAAAAAAAAACCUGUAUGUAAGAA